ACCUUUUUCCAAUUUGGCCACCGAAGCCCCACUUUACUCUAGAGAAGAAAAAGAUAGCACAAGUAACUGAUAGACGUUUUUGCUUAUAACUUUCUCUCUCCCUAUCCCUAUAUAUAUCAGUAUUAUUGAAAACAAAUUAAGUAGCUAGACCAGAGUACGUAGUUUUGCUGGUUAAUUAAUCAGAGCAAUAUUAAUGGCACAAGAGAAGAAGUUCGUGGUUGAGGUCGAGAAGGCAAAGGAGGCGACCGGCGGGAGGCCGUCGGUUGGACCGGUUUACCGUGAUGUACUAGCGAAAGAUGGUUUCCGGCCGCCAGCUGCCGGAAUCGAGAGUUGCUGGGAUGUUUUCCGUGUUUCUGUUGAGAAAUAUCCAAGAAACAACAUGCUCGGAGAGCGCGAGAUUGUUAACGGGAAGGCUGGUGGAUAUGUGUGGUUAACUUAUGAGGAUGUAUAUGAUAUAGUGUCGAAGGUUGGAGCUUCCAUCCGCAGUUGUGGUGUUAAGCAAGGUGCGAGAUGUGGAAUCUAUGGUGCCAACUGCGUGAAAUGGGUUGUAAGUAUGCAGGCCUGCAAUGCCCACGGACUUUACUGUGUUCCCUUAUACGACACUUUAGGUGCUGGUGCGGUGGAAUAUAUCAUUUGUCAUGCAGAGAUUUCAAUAACCUUCGUGGAAGAAACUAAAAUUCCUGAGGUCCUGAAAACCUUUCCUAAUACCAUGAAGUAUUUGAAAACUCUUGUGAGCUUUGGCAAGGUUACUGCAGAACAAAAGAAGGCAGCUGAGAAUUUUGGUCUGGCAUUAUAUUCUUGGGAUCAGUUUUUACAACUGGGAAAGAAUGAACACUUUGAUCUCCCAACUAAGAAGAAAACAGAUAUUUGUACAAUUAUGUAUACGAGUGGCACAACUGGUGACCCAAAGGGAGUGAUGAUAUCCCAUGAGAGCAUUCUUUCGAUCAUAUCGGCACAAAAUCAGUCACUCGAGAGCAUGAAUGACCAGUUUAGUGAGAAGGACGUGUUUUUUUCAUAUCUUCCUCUAGCACAUAUAUUUGAUCGAGUCAUAGAGGAAGUGUUCAUUUCCACUGGAGCCUCAAUAGGAUUUUGGCGUGGGGAUAUUAAACUACUGAUUGAAGACCUCAGAGAACUAAAACCAACUGUUUUUUGUGCUGUUCCGCGUGUCUUAGACAGGAUAUAUUCAGGUUUGGUUGAGAAGACUUCUUCAGCGGGUUUUGUCAAAAAUGCAUUGUUUAACCUUGCAUACUCAUAUAAACUGCGUAACAUGAAUAAAGGCUACAAACAUGCGGAGGCAGCUCCAAUUUUUGAUAAAAUUGUUUUCAGUAAGGUAAAAGAAGGUCUAGGAGGAAAUGUACGUGUCAUUCUAUCUGGAGCGGCACCACUUGCUACCUAUGUAGAAACCUUUCUACGAGUGGUUUCAUGUGCUCACGUUUUACAAGGAUAUGGUUUAACAGAAACUUGUGCGGGGUCCUUUGUUUCAAAGCCAGAUGAACUGGCAAUGAUUGGUACAGUCGGUCCUCCAUUGCCAAAUGUGGAUGUGUGCCUAGAAUCUGUUCCUGAAAUGGGAUAUGAUGCCCUAUCAAGCACCCCUUGCGGUGAAAUAUGUAUACGAGGAAAUGUUCUGUUCUCAGGAUACUACAAACGCGAGGACCUCACUAGAGAGGUGUUGGUUGAUGGAUGGUUCCACACAGGUGAUAUUGGUGAAUGGCAACCAGAUGGAAGCAUGAAAAUUAUCGACCGCAAGAAAAACAUUUUCAAGCUUUCACAAGGCGAAUAUGUAUCAGUUGAGAAUCUGGAAAAUAUCUAUUCUCGUGUUUCUGGUAUUGACUCGAUAUGGAUAUAUGGGAACAGUUACGAGUCCUUCCUUGUAGCUGUUGUGAACCCCAAUGAGAAAUUUUUGGUACAUUGGGCUGAAGAGAAUGGAUUGACUGCCAAUUUUAGUACCCUUUGUGAGAAUCCCAAGGCAAAAGCAUUCAUUCUUGAAGAACUUACUAAGACUGGAAAAGAAAAGAAGCUAAAAGGUUUUGAGUUGAUAAAAGAUGUCCACCUUGACCCAAUACCAUUUGACAUGGACCGAGAUCUUCUCACCCCAACUUUCAAGAAGAAGAGGGACAAGUUUCUCAAAUACUAUCAGAAUGUCAUCGACAGUUUAUACAAACGUGUAAAGGAAGCAAUCUGAUGAUGCAGAGACGUUCAUGCUGCCUUGGGAUGUGCUUGUCAAAUUGUAUUCCCAAAGGUUUUACACUAUUUCGGCAUUCCGACUUUAUGUUUUGGCUAUCUUGGUUGUGAAAUAUAAGGAAAGUCUUUGCAAGAUGCUCUAUGGAAUGUUAAUUCGCGGGGCAGAUCUGAAUACCUGCUGGCGAUUAGUUUGCCUUACUCACUGAUGUAUAUUUUGUCUAGUUCUAUUUUCUGCUGAUAUGUAUUAUACAGUUGUACUUCUUUCCCAGACAAUGAUAAGUUUGGAUGAAUGAUGAUCUUUUUGUUGUAAAA